AUGACAGAUGGUGUCGAUAUUUUUGGCAUCGAUACAGUAGGUGAUAUAGAUGAAAUUACGAGUAAUCUCAAAGCCACUGACAAUGAAUACAACAGAUAUCAAUUUGCUGAAUGUAUUGAUAGAAAUGUGAUGUUGAUUGGUCGUACACGUACAGGAAAAUCAACAAUAGCGAAUAUUAUUGAAAAUAUAUUUUACGUUUCAACGCAACAAGAAUUGUAUUCUCAAACAAAGAAAGCUGAAUAUCAUAAAGUUCUUAGUGCUAGUGGCACUACACAGUAUUAUUUCAAUAUCAUUGAUACUCCGGGAUUGUUUGAUAUAUCAGUAGCAGAACAAGAUAAAUUGACCAAUGAUCACAUAGCAUUAAUUAUUAGUGAUUGUCUUAAACACGAUGUAACAAAUAUUCAUUUAUUUGCAUUUACUUUUAAUUUGAUUGGUGGUAUUAAUGAGAAAGACAUCAAAAGCAUGAUAUUUGUGAAAGAAAAGUAUCCUCAAUUGAGAAAUUACAUGGCAUUAAUUAUUACCAAUUGCGAACAUUUAACGGCAAAUGAAAAAACAAAAUUAGUCAACGAUUUCUUUUGUCAUCCAGAAGUUUCUUCACAUAAUUUUGUAGAAUUUUUUUCUCAAGCUACUCUACUACAUUUAAAAUCUCCAGAAUAUCCAGAAGUAUUAUUAAAACGUGUAGAUACAUUUUUAAACGCAAAACAUCAUCAAUCGGCUGUCGAUACAAUUUCUUUUAAAGAAUCUGUUACAUGUUAUGCUAGAUAUAAGGAAUAUUUGAAGGAGUUACCAUAUAUAAAUUUUAAAUUGAUGAAAUACAAUGAUUCUACGCUGUAUAAUUAUGAAACGAAUUUAGAAAACAAUACAAAAACGAAUGAUUCAUGUAUUUCAUUUAAAUUUCAAUCAUUUAAAAAUGAAUAUCAUAUUGAUUUAAUCGCAGCCAUAUUAUCAUAUAAGCACAACAAUAAUAGUCAAGAUGGUGCUAUAACAAUUCGUAUUAGUCUUUGUUGUCUCCGUCAAUUCGUCUCAGUCUAUUUGUCUCGCAUAUCAUAUUCGUCCCCGACAAUUUAUCUCACGGAAAAUUUGUCCGUUCGUCAUUUCGUCUCAGCUAUAUAA